AUGGAUAAGCAUAGUGGAGUUGGACUUUUCUGCUUUUUCGUUGCGUUUCUUCUGGGUGUGGCGCCAAAACUGAGUCCACCACAGGGUUCAGGAGCAGGUGUAGAAGACACAAAACCAGGCAUUGUCGGUGUCCCAGUAGUGGUGUUUACACUUGGUUUAGGAGAGCUAAAACUGAGUCCACCACUUAGUAUGGAAGGAGAUGUAGAAGACCCAAAUCUGGAUAUUGUCGGUGUCCCAGUAGUAGUGUUUACACCUGGUUUAGAAGAGCUAAAACUGGGUCCACCACUUCGUAUGGAAGGAGAUGUAGAAGACCCAAAUCUGGAUAUUGUCGGUGUCCCAGUAGUAGUUUUUACACUUGGUUUAGAAGAGCUAAAACUGAGUCCACCACUUGGUAUGGAAGGAGAUGUAGAAGACCCAAAUCUGGAUAUUGUCGGUGUCCCAGUAGUGGUGUUUACACCUGGUUUAGGAGAGCUGAAACUGAACCCAGCAGCACUUGGUAUGUAAGGGGGUGUAGAAGACCCAAAUGCAGACAUUGUUGGUGUCCCUGUAGUGGUGUUUACACUUUGUUUAUGAGAGCUAAAACUGAGUCCACCAUUUGGGUUGGAAAGAGGUGUAGAAGACACAAAUUUAGACAUUGUUACUGUCUUAGCACUAGUGUUUACACCUGCUUUGGGAGACCACCAAGGAGGCGUAGAAGAUCCAAAUGCAGACAUUGUUGCUGUCCCGGUAGUAGUGUUUACACUUGGUUUAGGAGAGCUAAGACUGAGUCCACCACUUGGGUUGGAAAAAAAUGUAGAAGACCCAAAUCCAGGUAUUGUUGCUGUCGCAGCAGUGGUCUUUACACUUGUCUCAGGAGGGCCAAAACUGAAUACACCACUUGGUUUGAAAGGAGAUGUAGAAGACCCAAAUCCAG